GUGGUAGCACCGCAUACCACGUCACGCAGUUGUCACAUCAUAUCGCGAUAUUUUUGUGACUCUUUUGGGUGUGUGCUUUCUUCAUGUGUGUUGUGCUACUUAUGUGGAUUAUUAGGUGAUAUUUUUCCUUUUUAACGGAUAACAAUCCUAAAACGUCAAGAUGCCGAAAUCGAUGAAUGUUCGGGUGACGACGAUGGACGCGGAACUGGAGUUCGCGAUCCAGCAGACGACCACAGGCAAGCAGCUCUUCGAUCAGGUGGUCAAGACCAUCGGUCUGCGAGAGGUGUGGUUCUUUGGACUCCAGUACACCGACUCCAAGGGUGACCUUACAUGGAUCAAGCUAUACAAGAAGGUGAUGCAACAGGAUGUGAAGAAGGAGAAUCCGCUGCAGUUUAAAUUCCGUGCUAAAUUCUACCCCGAGGACGUUGCCGAUGAGCUGAUACAGGAGAUCACAUUGAAGCUCUUCUAUCUACAGGUUAAAAACGCGAUCCUUUCUGACGAAAUAUACUGUCCGCCUGAAACGUCCGUGUUAUUGGCCUCAUACGCAGUUCAAGCGAGACAUGGAGACCACAACCCUUCCAUGCAUGGACCUGGUUUCCUUGCCAAUGACCGCCUUCUGCCCCAGAGAGUUACCGACCAGCACAAGAUGUCCCGAGAAGAAUGGGAGCAGAGCAUCACCAACUGGUGGCAAGAGCACCGUGGGAUGCUUCGAGAGGACGCCAUGAUGGAGUAUCUCAAGAUCGCUCAAGACCUAGAGAUGUACGGAGUUAACUACUUCGAGAUCAGAAACAAGAAGAACACUGAGCUCUGGUUGGGAGUCGACGCUUUGGGGCUGAACAUCUACGAGAAGGAUGACAAGCUGACUCCCAAAAUCGGUUUCCCCUGGUCCGAGAUCCGCAACAUCUCGUUCAACGACCGCAAAUUUAUAAUCAAGCCGAUCGACAAGAAGGCGCCUGACUUUGUCUUCUUCGCGCCUCGCGUUCGGGUCAACAAGCGUAUUCUGGCGCUCUGCAUGGGAAACCACGAAUUGUACAUGCGCAGGCGCAAGCCCGACACCAUCGACGUCCAGCAGAUGAAGGCCCAGGCCAGGGAAGAGAAGCUGGCCAAGCAGGCUCAGAGAGAGAAGUUGCAAUUAGAAAUAGCGGCGCGUGAGAGAGCAGAGAAGAAGCAACAAGAGUAUGAAGACAGACUCCGACAGAUGCAGGAAGAGAUGGAAAGAUCACAGGCGAACCUGGUGGAGGCGCAGGAGAUGAUCCGACGCCUGGAGGAGCAGCUGAAGCAGCUGCAGGCCGCUAAGGAUGAACUGGAGCAGCGGCAGAACGAGCUGCACGCCAUGAUGCAGCGUCUCGAGGAGACCAAGAACAUGGAGGCGGCCGAGCGCCAGAAGCUGGAGGACGAGAUCCUCGCCAAGCAGAUGGAGGUGUCGCGCAUCCAGCAGGAGGUGGAGAUCAAGGACACCGAGACGCGCAGGCUGCAGGAGGAGGUGGAGGAGGCCCGUCGCAAGCAGGACGAGGCGGCGGCUCUGCUGGCAGCGGCCAUCACUCCUCAGCAUCACCACGUGAAUGAGGGCCGACGGGGAGGCUCCGAGGGUGAAGUGGAAGGAGAAGGCGGCUCCGGAGACGGCUCCGACGGAGGCUCGGAAUCGGGAGUGGGAGAGCUCACCAGGGCGCCCGACGACUUGGUGGACCCCUUGGCCGAGAGACGCACCCUGGCCGAGAAGAACGAGCGACUUCACAGUCAGCUCAAGGCCUUGAAGCAAGACCUGGCCCAGUCCAGGGACGAGACGAAGGAGACGGCGAUGGACAAGAUCCAUCGCGAGAACGUUCGCCAGGGCAGGGACAAGUACAAGACGCUGCGAGAGAUCCGGAAGGGCAACACCAAGCGUCGCGUGGACCAGUUCGAGAACAUGUAGACCGGCCGCGCCGCCGCAGGUGACCCCACCUCCACCCUCGCCGUUCGCCACUCUUCAUCACGACUCACCGUCAUUUUCGCUCUCAACCUUCCGGUGAAGCGUCCUUCAUCUCUCGUCAUCCGUCCGUCGUCCGUCACCCGUCUCUCGCGUCGACGUCCAUUCACCUGCGGCGUUUCGGGCCGAGCUCCGCGUACUUAAAACGUCGACCGGAACCAACGCACAGCUCGCCGCGUCCCGAUCUAUCUAUCUCUAUCUCUAUACCUAUCGCGAGAGAGAGAGAGGCGGCCGGGUGGGGUCCGUCCGGUUCGCGGGUGCUCGAAGGGGGCGUGUAAAUAUUGAUAAUUACUUAAUGUACGAUUGAGUAUUGCGUUUCUUAGCCUCGACGUGCCGCUAUAACCGUACAGCGAGGUCUUUUGUUUUUAUUAAUUAAUGUUUAAGCGAAGUGGAUUUUAUCGAGACGAGAUCUACGGGACGCCGUGUUUUUGUGGAUAAAUAAAAUUUGUACUCCGAGCGUCUCGGGGAGCGGAGGGAAGAAGCCCCGGCUCUUAUUUAUUUUUGUAAUCGUUUAUAUUUUAGAUGUAGGAGUCGAUCGGCUUCGAGCGCCGUUCCCGAGUCUCUGAUAUUAUAUGCGAUAGUGGUGUAAUUUGUAUAUUCGUUCGGUAUACGUUUGGUGCGAGAUCGGCCCGUUCCUCGACUCUUGAACAAAAUUCGUGAAGAUAUAUUUAAUUGUAUGCUUAUAUGUAUAAUGUUAAUUUAAGUGAGUAAAAGGCAUUCCAAUGUAAAAUGCGGUGGCGUUUCGUUUAAAUUUUGUUGAAUCGUGUAGCCCUUGCAGUAUGUUUUUAUUAUUAAGUGCCAUCCGAUUUGUCAGUUCUCCAGAGGCGAAGUGCGAAGUCUUACGUCGACUCUAUUUCACACGGAUCGUUCGCCUUUUCGGGACUUUUGUUCACCUGUCACCCCGUAGCUAAAGAUUCCUACUUUGUCUUCGCCGAAUCACAACUGUCGAACUCUUGAUACUGAAUUAUACAGAACCACGUCGUUGCCUUUCAGUCUAGGACGAAAAUUUUUUUCCAAUAAAAUGUUUAAGUAAUAAA